CGUCUAAGCAUGGCCUCAAAGUAGCUUUUAAAAAACUGAAAACAUACUUUCUUUAAACUCUCCGGGAUACUACAAUGUGAAAUGAAUUUGAUUAUGUAUGUAUGUUUCUUUUCGUUUCCGCCAAUGAACGAGAAUUUCGGAUCGCGUGGAUGGCUCCGGAAAAAGAGCAUUACGGACUCAGUGCAGGAUCUAGCGUGAGCAUAUUAAGAGCAGCGUUGUCAGCAAUACAGCUUCAUCAACGGCUUAAUGCAACGUUUUUGGCGGAUCAUAAAGUCUCGGUCAGAUGGUAUGAUACAGACUGCAAUGCAAAGAGUGCUUUGGCUGCCGCAGUAGAUGCAAAAUCAAAAUUUGACCCUCAUCUUUUCCUUGGACCACCAUGCUCAGCAGGUAUGAGAGGGGUUGCCCUCCUCGCCUCACAUUGGAACACACCGAUUUUUGGAUGGGUAUCACAAGAAGAAGAAUUUCAAGACAAAAAAAUGUAUUCUACCCUGGUACGGUUUCUUGGACCCCUAAAUCGAUUUCCUGGUGUUAUGUUCCAUAUGACGUCCAUCUUCAAAUGGAAUCAAUUUGCUGUGAUGUAUGAUGAACGGGAUCCAUAUCGAGCCGUAGCAUCUGCCAUUUCGGAGAAAAAAUCCAUCGAAAACGACGAAGAUGAAACAAAGAACUGGUACAGCAUCAUACGGUCGUUCAAGGUUUCCAAUGACAUGGAAGAGAAAGAGAUAGAAGACAUGUUUACACAAUUAAAACGAUAUUCAAGAAUUAUCGUGAUGGCAUUACCCUGGUUAGAUAUGCGGAGAUACAUGUUAGUUGCCCAUAGACUUGGGAUGACAAAUGGAGAGUAUGCUUUCCUCUGCAUCCAUGGCGAUCUCUACACAUACGAUAGAAUGGAAACUGACGUGUUUUCUGACAAGGUUUGGAGAAGAAAUGACUCAUUUGACGAGAUAGCAAAGGAGGCAUUUGAACCAGUAUUGCAUAUUAUGAUGAAACCUCUAGAGAAAAAUCAGUGGACACUUUUCAAGAAUGUUGCUGAUGAGUAUGGCGAUAGAACUAAUCAAAACUGGAAUCUUCCCAUCGAGCAUACCUCGCCUGAUGCCUAUUCUCCAUAUCUUUAUGAUGCAACGUUAGAGUGGGCAAUGUUGGCCGAUAAAAUCUUAAGACAGAAUAAAAAUCCUCAUGAUGGAGAAUACAUGUUUAAGAUGGCAGCAACAUUAACAGAAGAAGAGGAGUUGGACGGACUUACUGGAAGAGUGAACUUGGAUGAUAAGGGAGAUAGAAAUCUGGAUUUUCAAGUUCUUGACAUGUCUGAAAAUGGCACAUUCACAAGAAUCAUCACCAUUAAUUACCUCGGGAAAGGCAUCAGGGAGGUCAAUUUUGAGGGCAACAAGACAACAGACCAAGUGAGUCGAUGGCCAAAUGAUAAAAUCGGUGUUCACAAUGCCCCUCCUGACGAACCUGAAUGCGGAUUUGAUGGGAAGAAAUGCCCUGAGGAAAAUGAACAACCAGAUAACACAUUCAUCAUUGUAUUCUCUUCUGCUGCUUCUGGAUUUGUUGUCAUAGUUGCAAUCAUCGUACACUGCGUUCUCAAGCGUUACAGAAGAAUCAAGACUUUGAAGAGUAUGAUCUGGCAGGUGCGAUUUGAGGAAAUUGACUUUGUUACUGCUCUCCUGACUGGCAGCGUCAGGUCUAGCUUUAAGAACCUUGCAAGAAGAAAAGGGAGCGGUAACAAGAGGAAAUCUCGUCCCAGCAGAACAGAAAGUCCAUUACAGAGUGAAUUAAAGGUUUCCCCGGAUCACUCACCCGCUUUUCUUAGUAAACCGGAACAGGGUACAAUGUUUGGCUCUGUAGCUUACAUCAGAGGAAGUCUUGUAUCUGUCAAGAGAUUGACCAGGAGUAAUGUUAACUUGACGAACAUGCCAAAGCAAAUAUUACAGGAGCUGAAUAGGCUAAUGGAGCUGAAGCAUCAGAACUGCUGUGCAUUUGUGGGGGCCUGUAUUGACCCAGGUCGGAUCCUUCUGUUGUGGGAAUACUGUGUGAAAGGAAGUCUUCAGGAUGUCAUAUGGAACCAGAAUAUCAAGCUUGACAGGAUGUUUAUGUUUGCAUUGUCUCAAGAUAUCGCAAAGGGAUUAGACUUUAUUCAUAAGAGCUCUAUACAUUUCCAUGGAAACCUGAAGAGUUCAAACUGUGUGGUGGACAGCAGGUGGACUUGUAAACUGGCAGAUUUUGGAGUACCCAGUCUUCGUUACUGUGACAAAUGUCAAAAGGAGGAAGAAAACCCAGACAAACUUCAAUGGACUGCCCCGGAGAUACUACGAUCAGAGAAAACGAUUGACAAACAGAAGGCAGACAUAUUUUCCCUUGGAGUCAUCCUCAAAGAAAUCUUUACUCGAUCAGGGCCUUAUACAGAGUACUCUUUUCUCAGAAUUAAAGAGAUUAUCGAUAAAGUGAGAUCCCCAGUCGGCGGAUCACCUCCAUUUCGCCCGAAGCUUUCCGUGGAUGUUCGACAGUCUCAGGAUUUGUUCGCCUUAAUCGAAGAGUGCUGGAGUGAGCAUAUCAUAAUCAGACCCUCUGCUGGCAGAAUUUUGAAAACCUUAGCUAGAAUAAAUCCUUCAAAGAUGACCAUGAUAGACAAUAUGAUUGCUAUUUUGGAGAAGCAUGCCAACCAUUUAGAAGAGUUGGUAGCGGAGAGGACGAGCGAACUGGACGCCGAAAAGAAGAAGACAGAGAAUCUUCUCUACAGAAUGCUUCCACAAUCUGUAGCCGACGAUUUGAAGAAAGGGAAACCGAUAGAAGCCGAGCAUUUCGACGAGACCACAAUUUACUUCUCUGAUAUUGUUGGAUUUACCACAAUAUGUGCAGGGAGUUCUCCAAUACAGGUCGUUAAUUUGCUAAACAGCCUGUACACACUUUUUGAUGACAUCAUCACAAGAUACGACGUUUACAAGGUGGAAACUAUUGGAGAUGCAUAUAUGCUUGUAAGUGGCCUACCAAAACGUAACGGAAAUAGACACUCCAAAGAGAUAGCGGACUGCGCCAUGGAUAUAAUGGCUUCCAUCGGUUCUUUCUCCAUUCCACAUCAACCAAAUAACAAACUGAAAAUUAGAAUCGGAAUACACUCCGGUCCUGUUGUGGCAGGAGUUGUCGGUCUUGCUAUGCCACGUUAUUGUCUCUUUGGUGAUACUGUCAACACUGCUUCUCGUAUGGAGUCAACUGGUCUACCAUUGAAGAUUCACAUGAGUGCUGUCACUUAUGAUCAACUUGAAACGUUUGGAUGUUACCAUAUCAUGUAUAGGGGUGAAACAACUGUGAAAGGAAAGGGAGUCAUGAAAACCUACUUUUUAGUUGGAAAAGAUGGUUUCUCAAAAGAACUUCCAAGUAUCACAGAAGAGGAUUUGACAUUAAAAUUUUCUCCAUCUACCUCGAGUGACCUUCAUUAUAUGGGAGUCGGCACAACUUCACCAGUGACGCCAAAAACAAGUGUUACUACCAUAAAGGAAAACGAAUUAGAAAUAAACUGUGAUAAAGAUACUUGCGCAUCGGAAGAGAGGCGUCUUGCACUUCCUCGGCGACCCAGUAUGAUGGAGAUUUCGGCCUUAUGACGGUACGCCUCGGGUGCUGGGACUGUCCAAGGUCCUAGUGCCCGAGCCUCGACCGUCAACGGGGUCUCGUCGAAUAUCAUAACGAAUAAUCCAGAGAGGU